UCCUGCGGGGGCAGAGCCUCUAUGAGAACAUUGCCCUGGGAUGAGAGCGCAUCCCUGCGCUCUGACGGCCGAGCCGGCUGCACCCUCUCGUGGAGACACCGGAUGGAGCUCUCGCUCGCUGCCAGGGAGCCCCUGCUGGCUGAAAUCCGCCUUGUCCUUCCAUCUGGACUCUCUGCUCUCUGUUUCCCUCAUCAGUCGCUUGCUUGGCUUUCCCUGCGAUCUUUACCUGAGCUCACCUGGUUCUGCUGGAGCUGCUGCCUCGCUGUGCUGAGGAUUUACAGAGGUGCCCGACUGCAGCUGCGGGUUCCUGCCUCCCUUCCCGCUGCUCUCUGGCAGCAAUGUUCUGGCUGCAACGCUUUGCCCACUCCCCUCGGCCUUGCUAAACCCGGCUGCAGCUGCCCAGGGAUGUUUGGCAUCACGGCAGCCUUGUCCCACCUCUGUGCCAGGCUGGUGAGCGUGGAGGAGUCAAUCCUGAAGGUGAGGGAGGAGAACUCGGUGAAGUACCAGAGGACUUUCCUGGGCUCUGAGAUGAUCGACUGGCUCAUCCAGGAGGGAGAGGUGGAGAACAGGCAGGAGGCAGUGGAGCUGGGCCGGGCCCUGCUGGAGCACGGGAUCAUUCAGCAUGUCUCCAACAGGCAUCACUUCUUUGACAGUGACAUCCUCUACCACUUCUGGAUCAAUUUCCGCCGGCGGCGGCGUCUGACGGAGCUGCUCAAUGAGAACUCUGCCCGUGCCCUGUCCGAGAGCCCCGACAGCCCCUUCUGCCUCCGAAAGCUCAACCCAGAGCCUGGCAACACCAGCUUCCUCUCUGUCCAGACCAACAAGGAGAUCAAAGUUGUCUCAGCAGUUCGAAGGAGCAGCAUCACUUCCCUCUCUGGAAACUCCAACACCUACUUCAGUGCUCCUCCUACCUUGGUAUUCCCUCCUGUGGCUGAGUGCAACCCCAAAUCAGUGUUAAAGAGACCCGUCACCACUGAGGAGCUGCUGUCCCCUGGGGCCCCCUAUGUCAAGAAAACACUGACUAUCGUGGGGGAUGCAGUGGGCUGGGGGUUUGUGGUUCGAGGAGGAAGACCUUGCCACAUCCAGGCAGUGGACCCAGGAGGACCUGCUGCUGCUGCAGGGAUGAAGGUGUGCCAGUUUGUGUUCUCAGUGAAUGGGGUCUAUGUUCUGCACCUGGACUAUCAGACCAUCAGCAGCCUCAUCAUGACAGGACCAAGGACUCUGGUGAUGGAAGUCAUGGAAGCCAUUGAAUGAGCCAAGGAGUCUCUUGGCAGGGAAGGACUGUGGGGAGGGACCAAGCUCGACCGCUCACUGUGAUGUGUUACCCAGGCAUUUUGACGUAUUUUCAAAUAAAUACAUUCAAAUGGACAAA